AUGAGAGUCCAAGGUCAAUUAAUGUGGCUUGUCCACGUUCUUCCAGCUGUAGCGCUGACUAUCACCGCGCCUGGCCAGAGUAUUCCGUCUUCAAUUCCAGUCUCGGACUGCAGCUCUGUGAACCUGGUUGAGGAUGUGGCGUUUGAGACUAUAGACCUCGAUAACAGCGCAUGGAGUGUCAUGCCGCCCAAGGGUGGUGUCACUGUGGAUGGAUAUCUGCACCUGAGUUCAGAAGCCAUCCAAUCGCAGACACUGCUAGUCCAAACAGUCGCUGGUGCCGUCGCGGAAGAGAUUUAUACUUUCGCUUUCGAUUUCCGUCAGACAGCUGAAGCUGCCACAGACGACGACAGUACUACUUGUACCGUGGAUGUCAUGCUCAGUGGCGAAGAUGUUAUCUCUACCACUCACACAGCCGGUACCUGGAAGACGAUCUCCAAGCAAUGGAAAGCUGUUAGCUCAGGAGUUGAUAUUUUUGUCGUGAUUGAGUGCCCCGAUGCGAUAGCCUCGGACACAACAGUGGAUGUGAAGAACGUCUCGUUCAAGAAGCCCUGUGGCUCGUCUUCCGAAACUAGUACCGCAGUCCCUACUCAGACCUCAUCGCCCUCCGCCUCCAGCAGCGCCAUCGAGUCCUCACCGUCGUCUUCCGAGACUAAUACCGCGGUCCCUACUCAGACCUCAUCGCCCUCCGCCUCCAGCAGCGCCAUCGAGUCCUCAGCCUCAACCCCGAUCUCCGGAAAGCCCACCAGCUCGUAUCCGGUCACCACUAGCCCACCAGAGAUGACAACUUCCACUGUCUUCACCACCCGCACUUCCACUAUCACAGCAUGUCCCACGACUGUACCCCACUGCCCGGCUAGCGAACAGACAACUUACACUACAACCGAGACUAUCGUCGUCUCGACCACCGUCUGCCCCGUAGAAGAAACAACUACCACUGCCACGGGACCCAGCUCUACUGGUUCAUCUGGUCACGGUAACGGCAAUGGCAACGAUCACACAAUCUCAACGAUUCUCUCCACCAGAACCGUUACCCUGACCGAGUGUCCGGCAACAGUGACCGACUGCCCAGCCCGUGACCAGACCACGCAUGUUACAACCGAGACACUUGUUGCCGGGACGACUUCAGUGCCUAUCAACACCGCCGUGACUAUCACGGCACCUGGUGCAGCGGAGCCAACGCCUGUUGUUCACGUUGGUGGCAAUGGAAAUGGAAAUGAACACGGUUCCGGAGUGUCAGCGGGCGAAGGUUCGACCGGACCUGAAUCUGGAUCAUCAGGCUCAGGCGUCUCCGCUGGUCACGGUGCAGGCCACGUCUCCCACCUGCCAGGCGCCGCACACAGCCCAGCUGUCCCAUCUUACAGCCUCACCCGUAUCAGCUCAGCCACGGUCAACGUCCCCGUGGCGGCUUCUACUCCUACUGUCGCAGGUGCAGGCGCAGGUACAAACACCGAAAGCGGCAACGCACCAAGUGCGUCACCUGUGUUCAAUGGUGCUUCGUCCUUUGCUGUCUCCGGCGUUGUGUCUACCGUCGGCGCUAUCGCCGCUCUGGCGCUUUUCCUUUAA